AUGGCCGGCAAAAAUUCGGGACUCGAGUCCUCUAAUAAUUCUGAUGCGACUCCUAAAUCUACUCAGUCUCACAAGCGCAAGAGAGAUGCCCAUGGCUCUCAGCCUGCAACCACUCCCACGCCAACGAAGAAACACAAGAAACGCGAAGGCUUGCCGAUCGCAGAGGUCACAGAUGAUGGCAGUAUCAAGAAGCGCAAGCAUCUCAAGGAUGCGCUUCAAGGAUCGAACUCCCCGGAAACGCCCCGGAAAGAUACUACUCUCUCAGACCGCACAAAAGCGACUGUUGGAAACCCGCGCAACGGCACCAGCGAAACGGCAGAGAAAUCGAAAAAGAGCAAGCGGAAAAGCUCUGGAAUGGACGACACAUUGAAGGAUGCAGCUGCGUCUGUGACUACAGGAAAUGAAGAUGAAGUUGAAGCACCGGAAGCCGAACAACCUAAAUCGAAGAACAAGCACUCGGGGAUUAUGUCAAAGUUCGAGCGCACCAAAAGUGUUUCCAGCGCUAAAGCCAAAAAAUUUGAACCCGAAGCCGUUGUAGAUGAGGCACCUACUGUCGAAGCUGUUUACGCACAGGGUCUUGAACAACUACCUCAACCUGAAAACCCGCCCGAGCCCGAGCAGAUCCCAACAUAUUCAUCUCUACCCGCUUGGCUGGCAAAUCCGUUGCGCAAAUCAGCUCAGGAUACAAAGAAAUUUUCCGAGCUCGGAAUAAAACCAGACCUUCUCAAAAUCCUCGAACAACAGAACUACAAACAAGCCUUUGCUGUGCAAUCUACCGUCAUUCCCCUUCUUCUACAAGGAGAGCAAAACUACCCGGGAGAUCUUUGCAUCUCUGCGGCGACUGGAUCUGGAAAAACACUCUCCUAUGUUCUCCCCCUUGUUACCGCUCUGUCGCCGAGACCUGCCUCCAGACUUCGAGGAUUGAUUGUAGUCCCUACACGGGAGUUGGUGAAACAAGCUCGCGAAUCCUGCGAACUAUGUGCUUCUGGAUCUAGACUUCAUAUCGGAAGCGCAGUCGGUAAUGUAGCCAUCAAAGAGGAACAGAAACUCUUGAUGCGCGUGGACCAGGUUUACAACCCGGCUCUCCAACAGCAACAGCGUGACGGAUUGAAAGGAAACGACUGGAUGAACUUGAGCCUGGAAGAUUGUGUCAGUGAGGCGAUUGACUCUGAUGCGUCUCUUCCGGGUUACAUCCAGCAGUCCGAGCCGAAUGUCGACAUCCUUAUCUGUACCCCGGGUCGUCUGGUUGACCACAUUCGCUAUACCAAAGGAUUCACCCUCAAGCAUCUCGAAUGGCUGGUGAUUGAUGAAGCAGAUCGUCUCCUGAAUGAGAGCUUCCAAGAGUGGGUUGAUGUUGUCAUGAACUCGCUGAAUAGUCGAGAGUACCCCGAGACCUUUGGGCCUGGUGGGAAGCUUUUGUCUGAACUUGGGCUUUCAAUUGACGCCAAGCCUCCUCGAAAGGUGAUUCUGAGUGCAACAAUGACCCGAGAUAUUUCUAAACUCAACUCGCUGCGUCUCGCUAACCCCAAGAUGAUUAUCAUCGGGUCCGAGAAUGCUGCAGACGAACAUGACCCGUCUGCUAUUCAUGCAGAUUCUCACUUCGCCCUACCCCCAACUUUGUCUGAGUACAUUGUUCAAGUUGGCGAUGGAUCUCUCAAACCUCUUUAUCUGUUACGUCUUCUUCUUUCUCACAUCGAGAUUGGUGGGGGCCGAGCUCCAAGCGUGUCUGAUUCAUCCGACUCUGACAGCUCUAGUUCAGAUGAUGAUACCAGCUCCGAUGAUGAUACUAGCUCUGACAGAUCAUCUGAUGACGAUACUUCAUCUUCUGGGUCAGACUCGGACUCGGAGUCUGAUUCUUCGGAUUCUUCGGACUCAUCUGACUCGGAAUCCGAUGCUAUGGAACUCGUUCCCUCACCCGCACGUAAGACUGUUCUGAUUUUCACCAAAUCAUCUGAGUCUGCCUCCCGACUUGCACGUCUCAUUUCGCUUCUGCAUCCCGCAUUGGCCAAGCGUGUGGGAACUAUCAUUAAAUCUAACAAAUCCUCUGCAUCUCGCAAGACAUUGACGGCUUACCGACAAGGCCGCAUCUCGGUGAUUGUGGCUACUGAUCGUGCCUCUCGUGGUCUUGACCUGGAAUCUUUGACUCAUGUCAUCAAUUACGAUAUCCCGACCAGCAUCACUACAUACGUCCACCGAGUUGGACGUACUGCCCGCGCUGGCCGGCCAGGAUCUGCGUGGACCCUGGUUGCUCACCGCGAGGGCCGCUGGUUUGCCAACGAGAUCGCAGCCAGUGUGGACGGCCGGAUCACGCGUACCUCGAACAUCGAUCGUGUCCAGAUCAAGGCCGACGCACUGGACUCACUCAAGCCCAAAUACGCCAAGGCUUUGGACAAGCUCGAGCAAGAGGUCAAGCGUGGCUAG